CCGCACCGUUAUGUCGUCAUCAAUUCAUACAAACACACACUAGCAACGGCUAUCAACAGAUUAUGCCCUGCAGGUUGUUAUGUAGAGGAAAGGAAACUUUUACAAGUUACAUGUGGGACUUUUCACUCUUCUGAUUUAAUCGACAGAACUGACUGAAGAAGAACAGCAGCUAGGAUAAGUUAAAAUGAAUUUCUCUGAAGUCUUCAAGCAGUCCAAUCAACUUUGUAAAGUUUCCCCAGAUGGAAAGUACUUGGCCACCUGCGUGCAGUACAGGCUGGUGGUGCGAGAUGUGAGCACCUUGCAGAUCCUGCAGCUCUACACCUGCCUAGACCAAGUAUCCCACAUGGACUGGUCGUCCGACUCUCUCUUUAUCCUCUGUGCUAUGUACAAGAGGGGGCUAGUACAGGUGUGGUCUCUUGAACAACCAGACUGGCACUGUAAGAUUGACGAGGGCUCAAUAGGACUAGUCUCCUCACGCUGGAGUCCAGACGGACGUCACAUUCUCAACACCACCGAGUUCCAUCUGAGAGUCACCGUCUGGUCGCUGUGCACCAAAGCCGUUUCCUACAUCAAGUAUCCCAAAGCAUGUCAGAAGGGUAUAGACUUCAGCAGAGAUGGAUGCUACAUGGCUUUGGCUGAACGCCGUGACUGCAAAGACUAUGUUAGCAUAUUUGUAUGUGACGACUGGCAUUUGCUCAGGCAUUUUGAGACUGAGACACAAGACCUGGCUGGAUUGGAGUGGUCUCCCAAUGGCUGUGUGCUGGCAGUGUGGGACAGCUGUCUAGAGUACAAGGUGUUGCUGUAUUCUUUGGACGGCCGCUUGCUCUCAACCUACAGUGCCUACGAGUGGUCACUGGGCGUCAAGUCCGUGUCCUGGAGUCCGAGCAGUCAGUUCCUGGCCAUUGGCAGCUUUGAUGAGAAAGUUCGCAUCGUCAAUCACAUCACGUGGAAGAAAAUCGCGCAGUUUGAACACCCUUCAACCAUCGACAACACAAAAGCUACUGUGUAUAAGGAAGUGGAGAGAAGGCCAACGGUCAGCAGUGACGAACUGUCGCUGCACAACGUCACAGUUGGCAGCUCCCUCUUCAAUAUCCAGAGCAAAUAUGAGAUCUGCCCACUGCCCGUCCAGAUUCCUGUGGUUAAACCAGACCCAGACCGAGCCAACCCCAAGAUUGGCGUCUCUAUUGUGGCGUUCAGCUCAGACAGUCGUUAUCUAGCCACCAGAAAUGACAACAUGGCCACUGCUGUGUGGGUGUGGGACAUGCAGAAGAUGAGUCUGGAGGCUGUGCUGGAGCAGACGUCGGGUGUACGCUGCCUUCAGUGGGACCCCAGACGCCCCCGGCUGGCGCUGUGUACAGGCAACACCAAACUCUAUCUCUGGUCCCCAGGAGGCUGCGUUUCUGUUCAAGUCCCCACUGAAGGUGGUUUUCAGGUCCAGUCCCUAAACUGGCACUGCAGCGGAGAGUCUCUGAUCCUGCUCGGGAAGGACCAGCUGUGUUUGUGCUACAUGGACACUGACCAGGAAGACAAGUAGCACACACAGAAACACUUUCCUCAUGAGUAACUGGAUUAUUGAACAAUCUCGUUUAACUAGACACGCUUGUGCUAAAGUGAUGGACCAAUGAAAACACUCCGUUAAGGUUGCUUACCAGGCGUUUAAAGUUCUCAGUGCAGGUUACUGGGACGUUCUUUUCCUUGUUAAAACUCUUUUUGAGACUCAACCUGAAGCACUAGUUGCAAACACUGUGAGAAUGUAAAUAUUUACAAAACUUUAGAGAUCUCAAUGUACUUUUAGUGUCACUAUUUUGUAUGAAACUAUAAUUAUUUUGAAUAAAAUUUUGUUAUAAAUAA